CUCUCUCUCUCUCUCUCUCUCUCUCUCUCUCUCUCUCAUAUUCAUAUAUAUUAUCAUCUCUCCUCUGCCUUUUCUCCCGCAAAUCUGGCUUUUUUGUCCCUACCUUUGAUUCUUUCGAAGGUCGGGGAAAUGGUGUGUUCAGGGCAAACGAUUCUCGUAACUGGCGGUGCGGGUUUCAUUGGAUCUCACACAGUGGUUCAGCUUCUCAAACAGGGAUUCGAUGUUUCCAUUAUCGACAAUUUCAACAAUUCCUCGAUGGAAGCAGUGAAUCGGGUUCGAGAUUUGGUGGGUCCGCAGCUUUCUCAGAAUCUCGAGAUCAACCAGGGUGAUCUCAGGAAUAAAGAAGAUUUGGAGAAGGUCUUCAACAAAAAGAAAUUUGAUGCUGUGAUCCACUUUGCGGGCCUGAAAGCAGUUGGAGAAAGCGUUGCCAAACCCCGCAAAUACUUCGAUAAUAAUAUGGUCGGCACUAUCAAUCUAUAUGAAGUUAUGGCAAAGUAUAACUGCAAAAAGGCAAUUUUUUCGUCAUCUGCCACUGUUUAUGGCCAACCUGAUGAGAUACCCUGUGUUGAGGAUUCUAAGUUACAGGCCAUGAAUCCUUAUGGACGGACGAAGCUUUUUAGUGAAGAAAUUGCUCGAGACAUUCAGAGAGCUGAGCCAGAAUGGAGAAUCAUUUUACUGAGAUAUUUCAAUCCAGUAGGGGCCCAUGAAAGUGGUAGAAUUGGUGAAGAUCCUCGGGGCAUCCCAAAUAAUCUAAUGCCUUACAUUCAGCAAGUUGCUGUUGGGAGAUUGCCAGUGCUCAAUGUAUAUGGAUAUGAUUAUCCGACAAAGGAUGGCAGCGCGAUACGGGAUUAUAUUCAUGUAAUGGACUUAGCAGAUGGUCAUAUUGCUGCCUUACGGAAGCUUUUUGCAACAGAAAACAUCGGUUGUACUGCUUACAACUUGGGAACUGGUUGUGGCACAUCAGUGCUCGAAAUGGUAGCAGCCUUUGAAAAAGCUUCCAGUAAGAAACUUCCAGUAAAAAUGUGUCCGAGAAGGCCAGGAGAUGCGACUGUUGUUUAUGCAUCUACAGAGAAGGCUGAGAAAGAACUAGGAUGGAAGGCAAAACGCGGCAUUGAGGAAAUUUGCAGGGAUCAAUGGAAAUGGGCAAGCAACAAUCCAUGGGGAUACCAGGGGAAGCCUUGAAUUAGCUUUGAAGAAUAGAACACAAUGCUCUUUGAUCCAGUUUCAGUGGAAACGUGUUGUAGAAGAGGAAGUCUGUCAUCAUUUUUUGGGCCCUAUACCAUAUCAUUUUGAGAAUACGAUUUGAAUAUAAUUCUUUGCCUGUAUGAUUGGUUCUUUACACUAUAAUCAUCAUUAUUUAUUUUUUCCAUGUUCAUUCUU